AUCACGAGGAUUUUUCCGAAAAAAACCGAGGGCAGAUAAAAAGGUCUCGGGAGAAGGAAGGACGCGCCUUUGCCAGCGAGGACUGUGGACGGACGAUACAACAUUCCGUUUCUCCUCCUCCGCCCACCCAACCCCAAAAAGCUCUGUUAGCUUGUCCUCCUCUCACAUUCUCUCGACAAUGUGGCAAAACCCUAGAGAUUUUCAUCUACAUUUCUUUUUCCUCAUUGGCCUGUUCUUCGCCGUAGCUGGCAUCGCCUCCGCCGGCGGCGGUGGAGGUGGAGGCGAUGCCGAUGCGAUGUCGGAGUUCGCGAAGAGCCUGGGGAACCCGCCGAAGGACUGGAUUCCUGGUUCUGAUCCCUGUUCCUCGAAAUGGACGGGGGUAUUGUGUUCCGGCGGCCGUGUAACCGCCAUCAACCUCCGCGGCCGCGGUCUCGCCGGAACCUUACCUUCAUCACUUUCCUCGCUAACCAGCCUGCAAUCCCUUUUUCUUCCUGGAAACCAGCUCUCCGGGCCGCUUCCCUCGUUCGGUAAACUCGCCACCCUUCAGGAGAUAUCUGUCAGUUCCAACUUCUUCAAUUUCGUUCCCCCUGAUUUCUUCUCUGGCCUAUCCGGCCUUCAGAAGAUAUCGCUUGAUGACAAUCCUCUUGCCCCGUGGGAGCUACCUGACUCCUUCGCUGACUGCCCCCUCGUCUCCGUCUCCGCCUCUAAUGCGUCCAUCUCUGGUGCCCUCCCCGACUUCUUCGAUCGUCUAUCGUCCCUCCAAUCCUUCCGACUAUCCUACAACAACAUAUCCGGUCCGCUCCCCGCGUCUCUUCCCCGAUCUCCUAUCCGGGAGCUCCUCCUCAACAAUCAGCAAGGCACUAAGCUCUCCGGUCGCAUUGAUGUCAUCGGACAGAUGGAGCAGCUUUCCCUUCUCUGGAUCCAGUCUAACGCCUUCUCCGGCCCUAUUCCUGAUCUCUCCAACCUCACCACCCUCCAGUCCUUCAAUGUCCGCGACAACGCUCUAACCGGUGUCGUUCCCAACUCCCUCGUUACAGUCUCCACCCUUAAAAAUGUCUCAUUGUCGAACAACGAUCUCCAAGGACCCAUGCCAAAGUUCGGCGCAGACGUGUCGGCCGACAUCGAUAAGGGCAACAACUUCUGCCUCCCGCAGGCCAUCCCUUGUGACAUCAAGGUGAUGCAGCUUCUUGCAGUGGCGGCAGGGUUCGGUUACCCCGCCGUGUUUGCUAGUUCGUGGACGGGCAAUGAUCCCUGCGGUGGCGGUAGUGUUUGGGUUGGUGUGAUUUGUGAUCAGCAAGGGAACAUUGUGGCGCUUAAUUUUGCAAACAAACAUCUUGAAGGCUUUAUCUCGCCUGAGAUUGCUAAUAUCUCUUCACUGACCAAGGUUAUCCUGAACAACAACAGUCUGACUGGCGUCAUUCCGAAUUCACUAACCCAUUUGCGCCAGCUGCAGCUGCUUGAUGUCUCGUAUAACCAGCUCACUGGGAAUAUACCCAACUUUGCAUCUACAGUGAGGUUGGUUGAAGCUGGAAACAAGUUUGGUUCUGAUUCUUCUGGAGGAGGGGGCUCUGAUGUUCCUGGAUCAGGUGGGGCUCCAGGUUCAUCUUCAUCUUCAUCGGGACAUCAGAAUGGUAAAUCCAAAUCGGCUACAGGAUUAGUCGUGGGGAUACUGUUGGCUGUUCUAGUUUUAGUAGGGUGCAUUGCUGGUUUUGUUUAUUAUAUCCUUCGUCGCAAGAGGAGGAUGGAGCAACUAAAGAGAGUCCAAAUGGAAACCUAUCCUGAUAGUCCAGAUGUUGUUAAGGUUGGGGUGUUGGGUCUGAAUGACAAUGGCACAGUUGGGAGUGAGGGUUACCCGCAGAGCAAUUAUGGGGAGAGUUCUGAUGCCGCACUUCAUAGGGAGAACAGUGAGAACAUAAUCUCAAUUCAGGAUCUUCGAAAGGCCACGAAUAAUUUUAGUGAAGAUAACAUUUUGGGCAAAGGUGGAUUUGGAGUUGUUUACAGAGGAGUUCUAAGUAAUGGGAUAGUAGUUGCUGUCAAGAGGUGUGUGCUUGAUAUGUUGAGUAUGAAAGGGGUGGCAGAGUUCAAGGCAGAGAUAGGCCUUAUUGGGAAGGCAAGGCAUAGGCAUUUGGUAUCCUUGGUUGGUUACUGUGAGCAUGAGAGUGAGAGGCUGUUGGUUUAUGAGUACAUGCCAGAGGGAACUUUGGCGCAGCACUUGUUUGAUAGGGAAGGGAGCAGGUAUUGUCCUCUAACAUGGAAGCAGAGAUUGACAAUAGCCCUGGACGUGGCCAAGGCUAUGGAGUACCUACAUAGUUUUAUGCAGGGAAGCUUCAUCCAUAGGGAUCUGAAGCCCUCAAACAUUUUACUAGACAAGGAUUUAAGAGGAAAGGUUUCGGAUUUUGGUUUGCUCAAGCUUGCAGGAGAUAAUGAAAAGUCGAUGGCAACCCGGUUGGCUGGGACAUUUGGAUAUUUGGCACCUGAGUAUGCAACUACAGGAAAGAUCACUCGGAAAAUUGAUGUUUAUGCAUUUGGCGUGAUACUGUUGGAGCUAAUGACAAGUAGGAAGGUACUCGACGACACCGUCCCCGACGAGGACGCCAAUUUAGUAGCAGCUUUCCGCAGGAUUCAUCCCAGAGACAUUGCUAGGUUAGAGAGAUUCGUCGACUCUUCCAUCUUCAGCGACGAGGAAUCUCGCAGCAGCAUUGCAGAUUUAGCCGAAAUUGCUUACCAUUGCACUGCUCGUGAACCUAGCUAUAGGCCUGAAAUGAGCAACGUUGUCACCAUGUUGUCUCCCAUCGCAGACCGGUGGUGUCCCGGCAACUAUGGCGAUGGCACCGAUGAUGGCGAUUCAACUGUUAGCCUUACCAGUAUGGUUCACAGAUGGCAAAUGAGCGACGACUCUUCCUAUAACUAUUCAUUCAGCAAUUACAGGCCGGGGACAAGUAACUUGCGUUAAUGAACUCACUCACCAUUAGCUACUUAAGUGGUGUUUCGAUCUCUCCCACUGUAAAGCUUUGAGGGAAGAAGAACGCCUUUGGGCAAAUAGCAGAUAAGGAACAAAUAGAGGGACUGUAAGAGUUGCGUAUGUGGACGAUGGAUGCAUGGAAGGAUACAUUUUGUUAUGGAGAGACUGAGUAUGUGAUCUCUUAUUAUUAUUAUUUUUUCUUUCUGAAAUGAUAUUAUUCUGGUUUUUUAGUUAUGCUUGAUAUUGCAAUUCCAUUUGCAAAUUUAUA